AUGAUAAGUUUCUCCUGGAUAUCGGACCCAGGACCUCUAAGUUAUAUGCCGUUUGCACUAAGCGCAGAAUGUAACCAAGAUGAGUCGGCUAGUUUUGUUCGGUGGCCCGGAAUGACGCCAGAUCGGGCUGUACCCGUUUUCAUGUACGCUGCGAGUGGUGGCGAGGAGUCUCUAACGGGAGCCUGUCUCAGGCGCUGUCGGGAAUUAGAAGACUGCGCCUCUGUCGUGGUCACAUAUGCCAAGGGCAACUGUCAGGGCCUUGCCUAUUCAGCGGUGACUAACCUCCAUGCAGACAAUGAUAUCGCUUAUUUUACUAAAGUUUGCCUAAAAUUACCCCUAGGAUGUGGAAAGAAAUGGUGGUCUAUGGAGAGCACCCCUGGCUAUUCAUUAAAUUCUGAAGGAACAAAUAUCAAAGUGCUUCCAAACAUUACCGUACAUGAUUGCUAUAAUGCUCUUUUCUCAUCAAAUGAAAGAAAGUAUAGGUUCGUAUAUAAAGGUAUUUUUAUACUACAAUAA